UCCAUAGGUCCUCCGGCCACAAAGAAGGAAAAUAAGAAACGUUUAGAAAAUAGACGAAUUUCAGUUCCGAUUAUAUCAUUUCUAAUUUUCCCCGAAAUAAUAACAUUAUCAUCAUCAUCAUUCAUCCAUGUCGAAUUCGUCUCCUUCACCGGCGACCUCCGUCUUACCAAUGACCGGAAAAGGUCGAACCGGUUCACGUAUAGAGAAUUCAGCAAAAACAAUGGUGACAGAUCAGAUAACACAGGCUGUUCUUUCCGCCUCGAACCUCCUUCAUAUCAUGCUUCAGUCCUCCCCUUCUCAGGACAAGCUUGUAAAGCUUCCGAAAAACCUUUUGGCUAAAACAUCUACAAUUAGGAAUACUCAACAGGUUUUGGAGCAGAUGCCUUCGGUGAUUUCAUCUUUAGAUGCACAUAUGGACUAUGGAUUACAGAGCGUGCCUCAUCUUGAAACUGUAACACGUCUGCUAAGCAACAUAGAGAACAACCAGCUCAAACCUUUAACUGAGGCUCAGCUCUUGAGAGAGGAACCUAAAUCAGAGAGGUAGGCCACCUGGACAAAGCACAUCAGGGGCUAAAAUACAUGAGCUAACAAGAUUUUCAGUUAACAAUUUUUUAUGAACUUAACACCUAUUAUACGCAUCAUACAUUGUUGUAUGUAUUAAAAUUCCAAACGUUGUUAGCUAUUGUAUUUACCCUGUAACUCAUCAGGUUGUUGAUUUUUAACGACGUAGGAUAUAAGCUUUUGCAUUUAAAUGCUCAAA